AUGAAAAGGUUGGCGGUUGGUUCAAUGACAACCCCGGAAUAUGAGGGGUGGUUGCACAGAAAGACCAAUGAUAAUAUCCCUCAGCCAAUGUUAGGAGACGUCAAAUCGAUGGAUGAAUACCUACAAGUAAUUCCUUCUGAGCUAGAGAUCAUCAAGCAAGACUUCGAUGAGAGAAAUUCAGAGUUAAAGAAGAAGAUAGAACAGUUGGAAGAAGAAAAAGUGCAUUUGAGGUUAGAUGUCGAUGUUCAGAAACGCGAGGCUGAAAAGUUAAGAAAGGGAAAGAGAAAGGCCGAAGAGGACUUGGACAGUUUGAAGACUGAUUACAAAAAGCUGCAUAUGUCAAUGAGAACAGCUGGAUUGGGAAAGACAUCGGAGCAGUGGCGACAAGAAGUUCAAGAGGAAAAGGCCAGAGCUGAUCAGAUCGAGGAUUUGAAAGGAAGGGUAGAAGAGCUUAAGGCCGCAUUACAGAACUGUGAGCAUCGAAUUGAAUUUCUAGAGUCGAAUAAUGAACAAUUGAAGGAACAACUUCGUCGAUCGCAGGACCAGGUCAGGGAUAGAGAUCAUAUCAUAAGUGAAGCCGUGGCACAGAUUCGAUCAGUGGCUGAUUAUUUACAGACUUUAGCGGUUCAGGCUGAUGUGCUAAGUGUGAAGUAUGAGUUAGAGUCGGACCGGGGUCUUACCCUGGAACAUCAAUACUACACGCGCAAAAAAACUAAAGCUAUGGAUCAAAGGCUGGAAAAAUUGGAACAAAUGCAGAGUGAAAUGCAGGAACGGCUGCAAGCACAGAUGCAAGAGCAACUGGCCAAGAUUCUGCAAGAUAUUAAAGAUCAGAUGCAAGAGCCGUAG